AUGUAUGUGCAAGUCCCUUGUUUGUUUAUAUUCGGGCAGGGCUGGGCGUCUAGGUAUUCUAGGUACGAUCCGGAACGCCGGUCAAGAUCGCCGAGAGACAGAUCCCCGGACCGCUUUGACAGGGCCUCUCAAUACGGCGACAACGAUCGUCGUCGCUCGUCCGCCGAAGCCCGCUCUAAUUCGUCAGGAUUCCCGCCAAAUCGCGAUGGCUUCGGGGAUUCCCUGCGGAGGGAGCCCCCAAGAGGCCCCAAAGCUCUUGUCGACGCCCCCAGCGGUCCCAGAGGAGGUGCAUUUGGCGCUGACUUUCGCGGUCGAGGACGAGGCAGAGGCAGAGCUUGGCCGCCCAGAGACGAGAGCAGGGAUCGCGGGAGGGAUCGCGAUAUAGAUUACAGGGACCGUUAUCGAGAGGACCGUAGUCGCGAGCGGGAGCGUGAUCGGGAGCGUGAUCGGGAGCGUGAUCGGGAGCGGGAGCGGGAGCGGGACAGAGAUCGAGAUUGGAGGGAAUCACGAGACUUCAGGUCUCGCCGCUCACCCCCUCCUGGACGAGGUCGAACUCCGCCGCGAGAUUUCCGUGACAGAGACAGAGAUGGCCCUCUCUUACCGGAUGCUGAUAGAUCCCGUCGUGGAUCCAGAGACGGCGGUCCUCCAUCAGCUGGCUCGUCAAAUUCUGAUCCACCCUUUGGAAUGCUUCCCUUUGGACGCGGCGGUGGCUUCAUGCGUGGUGGACGAGGAAGAGGAAGAGGCGACUGGCCGUCUGACCGCGGACGAGGACGAGCAACUUACGAAGAUCGCGGCGAUCGCUAUCCCCGAAGUCGAUCUCAAGAGGCUCGAUGGGGUCGGGACCGGGAUCGUGACGACCGUGACCGCGGCGAUAGAUACCCACCAGAGGCGGACAUUAUCAGGCGCGAUCCCCGAGAUGACCCCCGUGAGCGCAACGACCGCGAUCUGAUACGCCCCAAGAAAGAAGGACGUCCUUCAAUAUCCCAAGAGCCGUCUGCCCAAGGUCGUGAAGUUUCUCCGCCUCCUGUCGCACCCUCGGCCCCAGCAUUUGGAUCCGUUCCCAGUCGCACUGGCGCUGACGGUGUACCGGUGACAACGAGUGGUAGUGGCAAACUUCCUCCCUCGGCUCCGCGAGCUCUCACCGACCGCCCCGGAUCCUCAGGAAACUCUGCGCCAAUGGAGUCGUCGGCCCCCGUCAGCGGUCCGAUAAGAGCGGGAAGCCAUGACGGCCCUUCCAUCCCUGUGGGACCUCGAGCGCAUCAGCAACGGCCUUCAAGCAAACAAUGGAUCAACCCGGAUCUCAAGAAAGCCCCGGUGUCGCCCAAGAUGAUGAGGGCUCAGACAUUCGCGCAGUCAGGUUCAAUUUCACGACGGGAUAGUAGGGAAAGCGAUCAUCACCAUUUUGAGCAAAGGAGACCUCGCAGUAGUGACGCAGACACUGACCCUCGUGGAUUUGGUCAUUUCGACAACAGGGCGAGAUCAAACCACAGUGCCGAGCCUGGCGAGAUCACGGUCAAGUCUGAAUCAGAAAGGGGUUCUGUGACGUUGGAAUCAACAAAGACGCCCGAAACUGCCCAGUCUUUCAAGGACGACCACCGCCCAAGCACAGCGAGUAAUGCCGCAAUCAAGCCAGUACAGGCCAUCAAACGAGUGCGAAAACGCCCCGCUGUUGGUGUUUUACGAUUUUCUCUGCCUCCCAAGACUGCACUCAAAGACCAGGAUUCGGAGUCGGACGACGAUGAGGACAUGGCCGAUUACUUUAACAUGGAAAUUGAAAAGACGGAAGCAGAACUUGCCAGAUUACCAAAACCGAGCCUACCUACCGAAGUCGUUGCGCGGUACGCCGCAUUGUCGCAUGGCUCGAUGGCGCGAAUAUUGAACGAAAGCGAAGGUUUGACAGAUGUUCUAGGAACGGUUACCGAGACCUUGGAUGUCGAAUUGAGCAAGAGUCAUGAUGUUGUAACAGCGCCAACCAAGGAUGUUGAUGCUACGGCAGCACUCAUUGAAACCCCCGUAGAAGUGACGGCCAAGGUGGAAACCGAAGAAAUCGCCAAGCCUGAUGUUGUCGACACCGUUCCUGAGCCCAUUACGAAGACGGAGGAGAUGGAUCUUGAUGCUCCUCGGGCUCCCUCUGUGCCGGCCAGUGAUGUUCAAUCAAAAGAUGCAGCGGCCAGUAAACCAUCAUCUCGCCCUGUGUCGAGAUCCGGCGCCUCUACUUCUGGUACUUCUAUUCUUGCACAUGAAGGUACGAAACAGCCGUCACAACCUCCCGAAUCGAUCCCAGAGGCGACCGAAGCUGCCUCAAAGCCUCCCAGCACUCCGUCGCAAAUACCUGAUGAUGACGAUGAAACCGAAUCCGAGGACGAGGCGUACUUGGACCUGAAGACAGUGCGUCGAUUCAUGACAACGCCGCCCAUUGACAGUCUGCCCGACUACAGCUGCGACAGCUGGGUGAAAGACAAGGACUUGCUGGCGACAUUCGACACUGAUUCCAUCAUUGACGAAUAUGUUAUGGAACACCUGGACAAGAUUCAUCUUGAGGAAUCUACCCAGCAAGAGCAAGCACGCAAGGCUUACGCCGACAAAUAUAUUGACUAUCUGGAAUUUACACUCUCGAACGAUCCGGCUGCUGUCAAGAGCAGGGACAAAUUCUCCGUCGCGGUCCCCAUGAUUGAGCCCGCUGGUACGAUAACGCCUGAGCCUAAACCAGAAGGGCGGAGCUCCGGCAGGAGGUUUGCUUCGGAACGUGACUUGGAGCGGGUUUUGCAAGCAUCCAUGCGAGAGGACGAGGAGAGGAAGGAGCGUGAGUUGAGGGCUCAAAAGGAAAAGUAUCGCAGCGAAAAAGAAGCAGUGAUUCCGGAGAUGUACUGGGAUGCCGAGGAGAGAGCGAAGGCUCAAUAUACGGACCGAUCCGGCUACACACCGCAAGACCGUCUAGUCUCGGCAUGGCACGUCCUGCCACCCCUCAACAACUUUACCGAGGAAGAGAACGAGCUAUUCGAGAAGCGCUACCUCGAGAACCCCAAGCAAUGGGGCAAGAUUGCUGAAAUGAUACCGCAUCGUGACUUUGGCACUUGCAUUCAGUAUUACUACCUGAUGAAGAAGGAUCUCAACUUGAAAGAGAAGCUCAAGAAGCAGCCUAAGCGGCGGAAGAAGGGCGGACGAGGCAAGCAGAGAUCGAGUGCCUUGGUUUCGGAGCUUGGGAAUGGCGACGAAGGAACCGAGGAGAGCCAAGAAACUGGCGAGAAUGGAGAGCGUCGAAGACCGCGCCGCGCCGCCGCCCCGACAUGGGGAUUCGAGCAGCCGGCAACAGACAGCGAGAAUGCAACUCCCGCCGGAACGCCUGGACGUCGCGGGGCUUCGGCAGCUGCUCGAGGAGAGCAAGGUGAGAAGGUGGAUGGUCGGAGAGGUCGCAGGCGUGCCAAGGAUAAGGACAAGGACAAGGACAAAGACAAGGAUAAGGAUAAGGAAAAGGACAAGGACAAGGACGCCAAGGCAUCUAAAGCCAACCAAUCGCUGUCCGUGACACCUGGAGGUGGUUCUGGAAAAGGCAGGUCUCGGUCUAGUUCCCGAGUACCAGCUGAUAUUCCAACCACAGCCAUGCCUCCAGACGCCGGUCGCGCGCCAACAGCUGGAUUCGAUCAGACUGUACCUUCUGGGAUUCACCCGCCAUUCCCCGUUCAGCAGCAGCAGCAGCAGCAGCAACAGUCUCAGCUGCAACAGCAGCUGCAGCCGCAGCAGGCCAUUCCAGGUAUGGAACGAGUCAAGACCAUACCUCCACCGUCAAUCUCAGAUGUUAUGGCUGCUCCCUCGCUGCGGCCGGAACCACCACCUCCUCCGCAGCCUGCAAUGACGACAUUCAAUCUUGCCCAGCCUCAAACCGAGCGCAAGGCUCCGGCGCAGGCCUCAAGCUACUGGAGUGUUUCUGAAUCUAAUGACUUUCCGCUCCUGCUGCGAUCAUUUGGCUCUGACUGGACGGCAAUUGCGGCUCACAUGGGGUCCAAGACAGCAGUAAUGGUCAAGAAUUACUUUGUCCGCCAGAAGGACCAGGGCAAGACUGAAUGGGAUGCAAUUGUGCAAGAGGCUGAUGGGAAGCGGACCAGAGGGGAGAAGCGGCCUGAUCCACCGCUGCCCACAACGGGUGGACGAGGACGGAGAUAUGACAACUCGUCUGCAGUUGGCUCGACCAGGCCAUUGGCUGUGGCACCGGGCAUGGAGAUGCACAACGAGCCAGCCCAACAGAAGAUGGAGGCGACGAACCAACCUCCUCGAUCCCAACCGUAUCCCGGUGGCUAUGGUGUGCCCAUUGCCCAAGCGCCGACUCAGCAGCAGCAGCAACCGGCUCAGCAGCAACACCAGCAUCAGCAUCCGCAUCAGCAACAGCAACAGCAACAGCAUCAGCAACAGCAUCAGCAUCAGCAACCUCCACCGCCGCCGCCGCCGCAGCAGCAGCAGCCUCCGCAACAACAGCAGCAGCAGCCAUUGCUUGCUCAACCCGUGCCUGGACAGCAGCAGCAGCAACAGCAACAGCAACAGCAACCACCACCACAACCGCCACCGCCGCCGCCUCCUCUCGCCAUCCAGCAACACGCCGUGCCGCAGCCAGCGUCCCAGGCCAUGUCGCCCGGGCCUCGCCCAGCCUUGCGUGCUCCUGCCCAAGCCUUUGGCUUCCCCGAGCAUGCGCGAGAGCGCGAGGUGGUCGCACAAGCUCACCAACGAGUCCCGUUGCCGCCCAAGGGUGGCGGUGGUGCCAACCAAGUUCCUGAACUUCGAGACCAGCGACCGCUGGCUGCCGCUCAGCCAAUACCGUCCGCACAUCCCGACUCGAUGCUGGAACGCCAACAGAGAGAAAGGGAGCGUGAGCAGCGCGAUCGCGAGCGAGAACUUGCCGCCAGACAAGCUGAAAGACAGUCGAUGCGAAUAAAUGCCGAAGCAGAGCUGGCACAUCAACAGCGCCAUUACGAACAGCAACCGCCGCCGUACGGCCAUCGCCACCAGUCCAGCAUCGGCCAAGGACCUCGAGGCGAACCACUGUCAUUGUCGCGGCCGCCUUCACAGGAGCCCUCUCGAUCCGCCGCCGCCCAGCCAUAUCCGCCGCCGACGAUGCAUCAGCAACCGCCGCCGCCGUCUCAUGCCGUCCGUGGCAUGAUAGAUCACCCGUCCGUUGCGCAGUCUCCUCCCCUGGGUCCGUCGUCACGGCCGAUGUCUUCACUGCAGCAGCGACCGCCACCCGGCCAGGCUCAGGAACCCUACGGCCAUGCGCCGCCUCCUGGCCCUCCAGCUCCCACCCCCUCGGGUGCGUCGAGGCCGCCGACCGAGCCUCGCAAGACUUCCAACAUUAUGUCUCUUUUGAAUGACGAUCCGCCCCCGGCAUCGAAACGUGUCAGCGAGGUAUCAAACGUGCCUUCUGGGCCAUCAGGAACCCCUCCACCCCCGACCAUGGGACGACCACCGCCUCCCGGACCUGCGCCGCCUUCACAGAUGCGCCGUGAGCCAGAACCGCAGUAUUCCCCGUACGGGCGAGCAGCCACCAAUGUUUCAGCCAUGCCAUCACUCAAGCCUACCGCCUAUGGGGGAUCGCCUGGUCAGCCUCCUCACAUGGGUGCGCCGCGGUCGACCAUGGGCAUGCCCAACGAGCCAGUGCCUGCCGACAGAGAUCCCUACUACAGAGGGCAUGCUGCAUACCAAACUGGACACCACAGCGGAAACAACUCUCCUCAGACCGCUCAUCGAUAUCCUCCUGCCCAGGCACAGCCCCAAUACCCGCCUCAAGGCGGUUAUACAUCAUACGGACCUGGCGGACAACCCACCCACGCCGCCUCGCCGCCGCCUCCCCAGUACGGUGGACACGGCUCUGCCGCGAGAUCGCGAGAAGUUCCGCCGUCCGGCCGAGACAAUGCCUGGCCUCAGCAACCGACUUCCUCCGGCGCCUGGCCAUCUCAGCCCUCCAAACCCUCACAGGGCCCCCCGCCUCAACAGCAAUGGGCGCCUCCGCACCCUUCAUCGACACCCAAGCCAUCCACUCCCGCUCAGGCAUGGGCAUCCGCCCCUCCUCCCCAGCAUGUCGGCAUGAGAGACGACCGCGGCGCCCCCGUGUACGCCUCAAGCUCACAACCCCCCCAGCACUCGAUGCAGAGUCGAUACCCGCCGCCUGGAUCUCGCGGGCCCGAGCCUGUGCCCCCGCCACCAGCCCAAGGGUACCCGCGGUAUGCGUCAACACCAGGACCGGGGCCCAGAGACCCGAGAGAGCACCCGCGAAGCUAUACGCCGGGAUAUGAUUCCCGUGGCCCACCGCCUGGGAGUGGUUAUCCCGCGCCUGAUCCUCGGGAGAUGCAGAUGCGGGAUGCUAGAGAUCCAAGAGAUCCCAGGGAUCCAAGAGACGUCAUGGGAAGAGGCUUACGGCCGCACGAGUAUGAAAGGCAUCCGGACCAAUAUAGGCGCUAA